GGAGUUGCGGGUGCCGGGGCCGGGGGAGCGCCGCACGCAGACCCCCGGGCCCGAGCGGGGCCCGGCUCCCGCGGCGCGGCAGCGGGAGGGUUAAGGCGCGCGUGGCCCCCGGGCGGGAGCCGAGAGGCGGGGACCCGCGUUCGCCGCCGAGCCCGGCCGAGCCGAGCGCAGCCGAGCCGAGCCGAGCCGAGCCGAGCCGAGCCGAGCAUCUCCCGCCGCCGCCGCCGCCGCCGCCGCCGCCCAGCGCCCGGGGCGCCCGCCCCCCCCCCCGCCAGCCCCCAGCCCACCCCGAUCAUGCCCCGCGCCCCACCCGCGGACGCGACCCCCCAGCCUCGCGCCGCCCCGAGCGUCCGCAGCUGCCGCGCCAACGCCGCCGCGCGGGACGUGCAGUAAAGGGUGAGGAGCUGGGGCGCCACUGAGGAGGCUCUCGGACAUGGAGUCCAGGAUGUGGCCGGCGCUCCUGCUCUCCCACCUCCUCCCGCUCUGGCCCCUCCUGCUGCUCCCCCUGCCCCCCACUCAUGGCUCUUCCUCCUCCCCACGCAGCCCCCCCACCCCGGCCCGGCCCCCCUGCGCCCGGGGGGGCCCCUCGGCCCCGCGCCACGUGUGCGUGUGGGAGCGGGCGCCCCCACCCAGCCGCUCCCCUCGGGUCCCCAGGUCUCGGAGGCAGAUCCUGCCGGGCACCGCGCCCCCUGCCACCCCGUCGGGCUUCGAGGAGGGGCCGCCCUCGUCCCAGUACCCCUGGGCCAUUGUCUGGGGCCCCACCGUGUCCCGGGACGAUGGCGGAGACCCCAACUCCGCGAAUCCCGGGUUCCUGCCCCACGACUAUGGCUUUGCGGCCCCCCACGGGCUGGCCACCCCGCACCCUAACUCCGACUCCAUGCGGGGGGACGGGGACGGGCUGAUCCUCGGAGAGGCGCCCGCCACGCUGCGGCCCUUCCUUUUCGGGGGCCGCGGGGAAGGUGUGGACCCCCAGCUGUACGUCACCAUCACCAUCUCCAUCAUCAUCGUGCUGGUGGCCACCGGCAUCAUCUUCAAGUUCUGCUGGGACCGCAGCCAGAAGCGGCGUAGGCCCUCGGGCCAGCAGGGCGCCCUGAGGCAGGAGGAGAGCCAGCAGCCACUCACAGACCUGUCCCCCGCGGGGGUCACUGUGCUGGGGGCCUUCGGGGACUCGCCCACCCCCACCCCUGACCACGAGGAGCCCCGAGGUGGAUCCCGGCCUGGGCUACCCCAGCCCAAGGGGGCGCCAGCCUUCCAGCUGAACCGGAUCCCCCUGGUGAAUCUGUGACGCCCUCCUGAGGUCGGGGCGCAGCCAAGCAGGAGGCCAAAGGGGCGAGCACAGCCCCCCCAGGGCGGAGCAGCUGCGGGAGGGGCAGGGGCGGCUCCACUCCUGUGCCCCCCCCCCACCCACGGGCCCCCGCGAUCCUACCCGCCCCCUCCACUAGGUGGGGCCCUCGCCUCUAUGUGGCUUCUGCCCCCCCACCCCGCACAUUCAAGCCUUGCACACUCCCGGCAUCGCACCCCUCAGGCCCGCGUCCUGUCCCGUGUCGCGCUCUGCCCCAUGGCGGGGAGGGGGCUCCCGGGGGCCUCGGUCCUUCCCGCCCGUGUCCUGGUGUCCGUGUCGUGCUCCCAUCGCUCAUGAGCACCCCCUCAUCCGGCUUCCGCGGCCCCUGCAUGCGGCCCCCAGAGAGGGUGGGAGGUGAGCUGGGGGGGGACACUCCUGGUACCCCCCGUCUGUCAUCGGCCCGUCCCUUGGCCUGUGUUUCCCUUGGGGCGCCCCCACUCCAUCCCGUUUCAGGGGCGCUGUCAUGACCCGGAGGGCUCCCCCGUGGGAAGGGGGGGUAGUGAGGCCCCACCCCCGCCUCCUCACCCGCCCUGGCUGGAUUCUGUUGUCUGAGGGGGGCUGCUGGGGGGCUGCCUGCUGCACUAUUUGAGAAAGGGGCUCCCCUGUGCCCGUCCCUCCCCCCCGUCUGUCCUGUCAGUGUGUGUCUCUGGAAUUCGGAACCCCUGAGCCAGUUCCCCACUUCCCAGCCUCCCUUAGGGCCCCCCCACACACUCCACUUAGGCUGCCGGGGACUGGACCCAGCGGUUCAAGGCCAUUAGGAGCACCGCCUCCCCCUCCCUGCUCCCCGCCUCCCUCCCCCCUGCCGGCCCCUCCCACCCCCUUCCUUCCUUCCUCCUUCCUUCCUUCCUCUCUCACCUGGCUCCUAUGCUGUGAUAUAUAUUUUUGUAUUCUCUCUUCUUGUGGUGAUAAUCUUGAAUUCUUGUGGGAUGUAAGUUUCCAACUUUUCCAAUAAAGCCUUUGCAAGAUACCCAG